AUGGACCCAAAAGAUGAAAUCGAGAUUAAACUCCUACUUAACUACCCAUUCAUAUCAAAAAGGGUUGAAGAUGAUUUAAUAAUAUACAAGGGAAUAAUUGAAGUAAAUGAUGAAGACUACCAACUAACCAUUAAGCAAAGUUCUCAAAAAAAUUUCAUUUUAGAAGCAGGAGAAAACUUGAAUUUCAUAGAUGCAGAAUUUAGUAAUAGUAUACAAACUACUGCUACAGAUAUAGUGAUGGUUUUAGACAUGCUUAAGAGCCACAUUUCCUUGAAAAUUCCAACAAAUAAACUUACCAAUCAUAGUGAUACUUAUAGGCAAGUUUUAUAUGAAUAUGUAGAAUUCACAAAGUUCUAUUUAAACUUAAAAUCAAGUUAUUUAGCCUAUGAUUUGAGUAAAAUUAAUAUAACAAUGCUUGAUGAACUAAAUAGGGAACAUAGUGUAGAAAUAAAGUGA